AUGGACGAGUGGGGCUCGUUUGUUGCACCAGAUAAUGACCCUUCAAGUUCCGAAGGAGAAUACACAGUCGAACCAGGUCCCGAAUAUGAAACGCGUGUGGUGGAAGAAGCAGCGCAUCGCGGAUGUGUGGAGAGAAUGGCUGAAGGGGCCAACAAUGUCGGACUUGGAUUAAGUGAGAUUGGUGAAAGCAAAGUGUUGUUGGGACGACUCGGACACCGAGACGAAAAAGAACUAAGGUACUUGCACUUAUUAUGGGAACCGGGACGAGCAGAGCUAGGAUCUGGUAGCGUGACCAACAAGCUGGGUAAGAUGACUGUGACCAGGAACAGGCGAUUUCAUAGAACCUCAAGGAACCCGAUUGGUAAAGAUGUGUACGCUGUAAAGAGACUGAGGGACGCUGCAAACAGCAAUGACAUUGACACAGUUCGGAAACUCCUGCAAGAUGACAUUGAUCCAUGUGCAGCAGAUGACAAGGGAAGGACAGCCUUACAUUUUUCUUCCUGCAAUGGCAAUGAAAGCAUCGUGCAAUUGCUGUUGAGUUAUGGCGCCGACCCCAACCAACGUGACAGUCUGGGUAACACCCCACUCCAUCUAGCGGCCUGUACAAACCACGUGCCUGUCAUCACCACAUUGCUUAGAGGAGGAUCCCGUGUGGAUGCCCUUGACCGAGCUGGAAGGACACCGCUACAUCUUGCACGUUCCAAACUUAACAUUUUACAAGAAGGGGAUUCUCGCAGCAUUGAAACGCUAAGAGGAGAAGUGACACAGAUUAUACAAAUGCUGAGGGAGUAUUUGAACUUAAUGGGCCAAAGUGAAGCUAAAGAGAGACUGGAGCACAUUUCCUCACAGUUGCAACACACACGAACCAAAGAGCAAGUGGAUGAAGUGACUGAUUUACUGGCCAGCUUUACUUCACUCAGUCUUCAAAAACAGAAUUUGGGGGACAGGUAG